AUUCCAAGAUUAUGGCAGAGCAGAGCCACAUGCAAAAGCAGCUGGAUUUACAGAAUGGUAGCUUAGAGGCAGGCUUUGGGGAGAAUUCCCUCGAAAACGAUUCCCAAAACAUGAUGGAGAGCCUGAGCCCAAAGAAAUAUUCUUCCAGUCUGAGAUUUAAAGCCAAUGGAGACUGUUCUGGCUCCUAUUUAACCCUCUCACAACCUGUGCCUGCUAAAAGAAGCCCUUCUCCUUUGGGAACCAGUGUCAGAAGUAGCCCUUCUUUGGCCAAAAUUCAGGGAACUAAGCAGUUCUCUUGCGAUGGAAGUGACAAAAGUAUUUCCAUGAAACCGCCCACCCCUUUACGCAGCACUUCACCCUCCCUUAGUGGAUAUGCACUUGGGAGAGCAGACUUUGAUCAUUUUCUUGGCCGGGACGCCGAAAGGUCCUUGAGGCUUUCAGAGAAGCCUCCCUAUUCCAAAUAUAGCUCAAGGAAUAAAUCCCACGACAAUGUCUACUUUCUCGGAGGGCUGGAAGGCCGAAAAGCAUCUGGCUCGCUCCUGACCAUGUGGAAUGGAAGUUCCCUGAGUGACACUGGCUCCUCGCCCAUCAACAGGUCAGGGGCGGCCAGCAUGCCUUCAAGCCCAAAGCAAGCCAGGAAAAUAAGCAUCCAGGACAACCUGACACUUCAGCCCAAGUUGAGCAGACACCGGGACCCGGCAUCUGAAAACAUCAGUUUAAGAACCAGGAAGUACUCUAGCGGCAGCCUGAGUCACAUGGGCGCCUACAGCCGCUCUCUCCCCAGGUUGCAUAGAGCCACCGAGAACCAGUUGGCACCCCUCAGUCUGCCUCCAAGAAGCUCUCUGGGCAGUUCCAAACGAACGAAACUGGGGGAAAAGGAUCUACCUCAUAGCAUCAUAGACAAUGACAAUUACCUGAAUUUUUCUUCUUUGAGCUCAGGAGCUUUGCCCUACAAAACCUCUGCCUCCGAGGGCAGUCCGUACGUGAGUUCCACCCUCAGUGUGCCUGCCAGUCCUCGAGUGGCUCGCAAGAUGCUUCUGGCCUCCACCUCCUCCUGCACCUCUGACGACUUUGACAGGGCUUCCUACUCGGGUACCAGCCCUGGUCAUUCGUUUCCUCCUGGGGAGCUGGACCGAGCGUUUGCAGCCAGAAGGAACUUCUCGUGUGGAUCUGUCGAGUUUGAUGAUGCAGACUUGGACAGCCUCAGACAGGCCUCAGGAACCCCCCAGCCUGUCCUUCGGGAACGGAAAAGCAGCAUUAGCUCCAUUUCCGGACGAGACGACCUGAUGGAUUAUCACCGGCGGCAGAGGGAGGAGAGACUCAGGGAGCAGGAGAUGGAGCGAUUGGAGAGACAGCGACUGGAGACCAUCCUCAGUCUCUGUGCUGAGUACACGAAGCCUGACAGCCGCGUGCCCCCCAGCACCACCGUGGCAGAUGUGCAGAAAAUCAAUAAAGAGCUGGAGAAACUGCAGCUCUCCGAUGAGGAGUCUGUGUUUGAAGAAGCCCUGGUGAGCCCGGACACCAGGUACAGAUGCCACCAGAAAAGCGCUCUCCACGACGCGGACCUGGCAGGCUUUGGGAGCCUCAGUCAGAGCAGUGCCAGCUCCCUCCCCCCACGGGGCGCCAGGAAUGAUGAACUGCUCGGGGACCUCAGGACUCCCCCGCCGCCCUCCUCUGCCUUUCUGAAAGCUUCCGGCGAGUCUGCUUACCUAAGCAUCCUACCAAAGACCCCAGAGGGUAUAAGUGAAGAACAAAGGAUUCAGGAGUUGACUGCGAUGGAAGAGACCCGGAUAGCAAUUCUCAACAACCUUGAGGAACUUGAACAGAAAAUCAAAGAUAUAAAUGACCAGAUGGAGGAAUCUUCCAGAGAGCUGGAUAUGGAAUGUGCUCUCUUGGAUGGAGAACAAAAAUCGGAAACAACUGAACUUAUGAAAGAGAAGGAGAUUUUGGAUCAUCUAAACCGGAAAAUCACAGAACUGGAAAAGAACAUUGUUGGUGAAAAGACCAAGGAGAAGGUAAAGCUUGAUGCUGAAAGGGAAAAACUAGAGAGGCUUCAGGAGCUUUACUCCGAGCAGAAGACCCAGCUGGACAAUUGUCCUGAGUCCAUGAGGGAACAGUUACAACAACAACUGAAGAGGGAUGCCGACCUACUGGAUGUUGAGAGCAAACACUUUGAAGACCUGGAAUUCCAGCAGCUUGAGCGUGAAAGCCGUCUAGAUGAGGAAAAGGAGAACCUGACCCAGCAGCUCCUGCGUGAAGUGGCUGAGUAUCAACGGAACAUUGUUACUAGAAAGGAAAAAAUUUCUGCAUUGAAAAAGCAAGCUAAUCACAUUGUCCAGCAGGCUCAAAGAGAACAAGAUCAUUUUGUGAAAGAAAAGAAUAAUUUAAUAAUGAUGCUGCAGAGAGAAAAGGAAAAUCUUUGUAAUUUGGAAAAGAAAUACUCCAGCCUGUCUGGGGGGAAAGGGUUUCCUGUCACCCCCAAUACUCUGAAAGAGGGCUAUAUCAUUGUAAAUGAAAUUAAUGAGUCAUGUGGCAGUUCCACGAAUCUCCCCCCUUCCACUCAGUUCCCUGCUGAUGCUGAUGCUGCUGCCACUGGGCCUACCACAGCUGUGCUGAUGAGCCAGCCACAAAGUAAAGAGCAUUUUAGAAGCCUGGAAGAAAGGAAAAAACAGCACCAGGAAGGCCUCUAUCUGAGUGACACUUUGCCUCGAAAGAAAACCACACCUUCCAUAUCCCCACAUUUCAGCAGCGCUACUAUGGGGAGAAGCACCGCCCCAAAGGGCCACCUGCCCCUGGGACAGAGCAACAGCUGUGGCAGCGUGCUCCCCCACUCGCUAGCAACCAUGACCAAAGACUCAGAAUCUCGGAGGAUGCUCAGAGGAUAUAAUCACCAACAGAUGAGUGAAGGACAAAGGCAGAAGUCUUCUGAGUUUUACAACCGCACAGCUUCUGAGUCGAAUGUCUACUUGAACAGUUUCCACUACCCAGAUCACAGCUACAAGGACCAGGCCUUUGAUACUCUGAGCCUAGACAGCUCUGACAGCAUGGAGACCAGCAUCUCUGCCUGCUCACCUGACAAUAUCUCUAGUGCCAGCACUUCAAAUAUUGCCCGAAUAGAAGAAAUGGAGAGACUGUUGAAGCAGGCUCAUGCAGAGAAGACAAGGCUGCUUGAAUCCAGGGAACGAGAAAUGGAAGCCAAGAAACGCGCUCUGGAAGAAGAAAAACGACGUCGAGAACUCCUGGAAAAACGGUUGCAGGAAGAAACUAGCCAGAGGCAGAAGUUAAUUGAAAAGGAAGUAAAAAUAAGGGAGAAACAAAGGGCCCAGGCUCGACCUCUGACCCGCUAUCUGCCUGUGCGGAAGGAAGACUUUGAUUUGCGGAGCCACGUAGAGACUGCUGGCCACAAUAUCGAUACGUGUUAUCAUGUGUCAAUCACAGAGAAGACCUGCAGAGGAUUCCUCAUCAAAAUGGGUGGAAAAAUUAAAACCUGGAAAAAACGUUGGUUUGUUUUUGAUCGGAACAAGCGCACCUUCUCUUAUUAUGCAGACAAGCAUGAAGCUAAAUUAAAAGGAGUAAUAUACUUUCAAGCCAUUGAAGAAGUAUAUUAUGAUCACCUCAAGAAUGCUAAUAAGAGUCCUAAUCCUUUACUUACCUUUAGUGUCAAGACACAUGACAGAAUCUACUACAUGGUGGCCCCGUCGCCAGAAGCCAUGCGGAUCUGGAUGGACGUUAUAGUGACUGGGGCGGAAGGCUACACUCACUUCUUGCUGUAGUGAGCUGAUACAGCUUCAGGGCAGACUGCAAUAAUCUUACAAGAAUGAAGCCAUAACACCAGGUGGACGGACCCAGCAGACCCGUCCCUUUAACU